ACAAAGGUGAGAACGGGGAGCCCUAUCAGAGGAGGAAGGGCAUGGGGAGCAGCCUGCCAGAGACCCCCCCGGCGUUCCCAGCGUCCAGGGCCCCCACGGCUGGUACCAGCAGCUGGAGACGUAUCCUGCUCAUGAUCCUGGCUAUAACCAUCCACAACAUCCCAGAGGGUCUGGCAGUGGGAGUUGGAUUCGGGGCUGUUGGAAAAUCAGCAUCUGCGACCUUCCAAAGUGCCAGGAACCUGGCCAUCGGGAUUGGGAUUCAGAACUUCCCAGAGGGCCUGGCUGUCAGCCUGCCUCUGCGUGGGGCUGGGUUUUCAACGUGGAAAGCCUUCUGGUACGGGCAGCUGAGCGGGAUGGUGGAGCCCCUGGCUGGCACCGUGGGCGCCUUCGCCGUGGCCCUGGCAGAACCUCUCCUCCCCUAUGCCCUGGGCUUUGCUGCUGGGGCCAUGGUCUACGUGGUGAUGGACGACAUCAUCCCCGAGGCACAGACCAGUGGCAAUGGGAAGCUGGCAUCCUGGACCUCAAUCCUAGGAUUUGUGGUGAUGAUGUCCCUGGACGUUGGGCUGGGGUAG